UGAAACUUACAUCGGAUUGCAAAAGUCCAUUCGGCUAUAAUCUCAUUAUCAACUGACCUUACGGUUAUAAUCCAUGUGACGUGUUUAUUGUGCGCAAGCGUUUUUCUUGUUCCUUCGUUUGAUCAGGGUUAUGUUUUGUGGUUUUUGACGUUCUGAGUCUUGUUGGCUUUUCUGAAUGCCAAAGAAGAGGGGAGUACAGUUAUAUGUUAAUGUAACCUAAAACUGAAAGUUAGAUUGCUUGAACGUCAGUCUCGAAUCUUCUAAGCACAAGUUUAUGGAUGAGAAAGGAUUUUUCGCUAGUAUGUUUCCGACACUUGGGGAUUUGUAGAUGUGAUGGAAGCCUUGGCUUUACGGCCAACCAUGGAAGACAAAAGUAGUCAAAGCUCCGAUUCCAUAGCCACUAGUGACGAAUAUGAAAUUGUAAGCACCAGUGAGCCUGAGUUACAGCAAACAAAUAUUGUGGACUCUGAAAAGGAAACUUUACAGGAUGCUAAAUAUACUAAUGUAGCAGAUGUUUCUACUUAUAUUUUAACAACUAACAACAUUAAACAGGGUGAAGACUCUUUGGAUUAUUCAUGUGAUAAUGACAACAGACAGGUUGAUAGAACACAAAUGGCUGGUAUGGAUGUAGAUCAAGAAAAUGAUACUAUUACUUCAUGUAGUGAUCCAAUUAUAGAUGAUGAAUCAGAACAGUCACCACUGGGACUAGAGAAGAACACGCAGGAUGAAAAUGCUAUUCUAGCAAUUGAUCCUGAUGGUGCUUUGCACUCUGCAGAACCUUUAUCUCGGUCAACUUCUGAACAGUUUUGUGAUGAGGAACAGACUUUAUUCAAGAAAAUAGUGUACCUUGGAUGUGCUGCUAUCAAUGCACCUCGAAGUGAAGUUGAAAUCCAGAGAAAUAUGGCCAUCUUAAAUGAGCAAUCAUCUGAUCAAGCAAUUGAAAUCAGUCUUUCAGUACCCUUUCAUUCAGAAGGAACAGUUAUUUUAUAUGAGCCUGACAGCAAUACUGAAAUGUCUAGCUUUGCCAUACAUCGGAUACUGUUCUGUGCACGUGGCCGUCAAGACAGUAGCGAAGCAUACUGUUUUGCUUUCACAUGUAGUCAUGGAAAUACAGCUGAAACUGCCAUUUUUCAGUGCCAUAUUUUUAAAUGUGACAGCCCUGAAACAGUUGUUAAGAUAUUACAAUGCUUUGCAUCUGCCUUCCGCCGGGUUCCCAAACUAUCUUCAAUUCGCAGUGACUCCAUUUGUUCUGAUAGAAGUUUAACUGUGGGAACUUCUGUAAAGAACAAUGAACAAGUUUAUGCAUUUGAAGCAUCAUUGGAUAUUAAAGAAGAAGAUUUUAGGGGUAAUUUUACAGCAUGCCCAAAAGAUAAAGACUACUUUAAGUUGAGGUGCAACAUUGAGAAGAUGAUCAACAUGUCUGUUCAGCAGGUAUCAAACAACAGGGAAUUAAAUAUUGAAAGAUGUUUUGGACUAUUAAUUUCACCUGGAAGGAAUGUGAAGCAUGGUGAUAUGCAGCUGAUUGAAAUGGCCUCCAUGACCAAGUUUCUGACUGGAGAAAAGACAGUGUACCACAUCAGUGGACAAUGGAAUCCUAAUGACCCUCCUUUUGAAGUUCUUAACACAGAAACACCCAGAAAUAUGAGGGUGUAUUUGACUAUAGCAGUGGACCUGGUAGUUACAGGAAUACAAGAGCCUGUGAGGUUUGUUAUGGAGACCAAGGCUAAAAUUUUCCCACAGAACGAGCGUUUCUGGUACUUUUCUAAGAAACCACUUUAUGAACAAUUUUAUUUGAGACUCAUAGAGGUGGAAUCUGAGAACAUUAAGGAUCAUAUUUUUGAUGUUGUCAGUUUGGAAAGUUCCACCCAACUGCACAGAAAACGUAUGGUUUUAUCUCUCAACCUUUCACAAGGAAGACGACCUGUUGAUUUAUCUCCUUCCACACCAGGAGAUGCUGAAAGCAAUUCUGAUAAUGAUGAACCUCUGCUGAGUGGUACAGGUGAAGUCAGUAAGGAUUGCACUGAGACAGAGCUGGCUGGAUGGGCUGACGUUUUGAGUAAGUGGAGACAGAAUCUUAAGCAGAGACCCAAAGGUCUGAGUUCCCUUGUUCGACGGGGAAUUCCCGAAGCACUGAGAGGGGAAGUGUGGCAGCUGCUGGCUGGCUGCUAUGAUGACAGGCACAUGAUGGAGACAUACAGACUUCUGAUUAACAAGGAAUCUCCAUGUGAAAAUGUUAUCCAAAGAGACAUCAAUCGAACCUUUCCAGCCCAUAAUUAUUUCCGAGAGAGUGGUGGACUUGGUCAGGACUCUCUGUACAAGAUAUGUAAAGCUUAUUCUAUGUAUGACCAAGAAAUUGGUUACUGUCAAGGAUUAUCAUUUUUAGCUGCUGCUCUCUUGUUACAUAUGCCUGAAGAACAAGCCUUUCAUGUACUUGUGAAGAUCAUGUUUGAUUAUGGAGUACGGGACCUCUUCCGAAAUAGCUUUGAAGAGCUUCACUUGAAGUUUUACCAGCUGGAGAGACUUUUGGAGGAACAACUCCCUGAACUCUAUGCACACUUCUUGGACUUGGGAAUUGAAGCUCAUAUGUUUGGAUCUCAGUGGUUUUUAACUCUGUUUACAGCAAAAUUCCCACUUUAUGUAGUUUUUAACAUUUUAGAUCUUUUCCUUCUAGAUGCAAUGGACACAAUUUUUCAAGUAGCAGUAGCUUUACUUAUGAUGUCUAAGAGUGAUCUGCUAGCCUUGGACUUUGAGGGAGUUCUGAAAUACUUUCGUGUGUCUCUCCCUAAGAAAUAUCGUACUGAAGAAAUGGCACGUCAGUUAUUACGCACAGCAGUUGGGGUUAAGGCAAGAAAAAUAAAGAAAUAUGAGAAAGAAUAUGCAGCUGUGAAAGAAGAGAAGCAACAGGAAAACCCUGUGGAAAGGUUGAAGCGAGAGAACAAACGUUUGCUUGAGAGCAACAUGCGGUUAGAACAAGAGAAUGAUGACUUAGCUCAUGAACUGGUAACAAGUAAGAUACAGUUGAGGAAAGAACUUGAUACUACUGAAGACAAAGCUGAGACUUUGGGCAAGGAACUUCUGUCGACCAAGACCUCGUUAGUUGAAGCUGAAGAUGAGAAGAAGAGGCUAGAGUCAGAAGUAGGCCAGUUGAAGGAGAUGUGUCGGCGAGAAUUACAGAGAACUGAGACAGAAAUUACUCGUAAUAAUACCAUCAUAUCUGAAUAUAAGCAGAUUUGUAGCCAUCUCAGCACAAGAUUGGAAAGAGAACAGAAUACCAGUAAAGAAGCUGUUGAACAGCUAAAGAACUUAUUAAAAGGAUGUGACCAUUGCUAUAAACUAUUGGAGAAUCAGGAUAUCUUCAAGAGGGGUAGUCAGAAGAAGAUCAAUACAGCCAAGACAACUGACAAGGCUCCUGAAUUACUAGAUACAGAUAAACAAAUCAGGGAACUUGAACUUGAGCUUGCUCAAACCAAGCUAGCACUAGUAGAAUCAGAAUGUAAAAACCAGGAUCUGACUCAUCAACUGAAUACUGCUCUUCAGGAGUUGCAAGCUUCCAAAAACACUUGGUUUCACAAAACUUUAUCCUCCAUACGUGAUGCAGCACGCAAGGAGAUAGGAGGUACGGGACGAGAAGGCAAGGAGAGAGAAGCCACUUAAUGGAAGGCUUUUGUACAGGCUUGGACAGCUGUUUGUACAGAGAUGCUAGUUGAUUA